CUGCUCAGCCCGGCGCUCCGUCUCCCCAUGCUUCACUCCGGUUAUCCGCUUCCACAGGAGCCCCAACUCGCACCUCUCUUGCAUAGAGGGUGGUGUUUGUUGAGGUUUGCGUGCAGCCAAUCUCCGCGGCGUUGCCCUUGACAACCACGUCCAUCAACAUUGGAGAUCCAAUCGGCGCAAGGGGAGAGGAGGGGUCCAGGUGCGCCUCGGCAUCAACUUGGCAGAGCGCCUGGGAGCCGCCUAUGGGCAGGAGAGGAUCUGUCAAAUGCGAGCCUCCUUUAAUGAGAACGACCAGUCCACCUCCGAAAGUCAUGGCGACCGCAGCGUCCAACCACUACAGCAUCCUCACCUCCAGCGCAUCCAUCGUGCACUCGGAAGCCGGCAGCAUGCAGCAAGCCGCGGCGUACCGGGACGCGCAGAGCCUGUUGCAGAGCGACUAUCCGCUGCAGAGCAACAACCACACGCUCAGCCACGCGCACCAGUGGAUCACGGCUCUGUCCCACGGAGAGGGAGCCCCGUGGUCCUCUAGCCCGCUCGGCGCGGAGCAGGAUAUUAAACCCGCGGUUCAGGGCACGCGGGACGAGAUGCACAGUUCCAGCAACAACCUGCAGCACCAAUCACGGCCGCCCCACUUGGUGCACCAGACGCACGGGAACCACCACGACGGCCGCGCGUGGAGGACCACGACGGCGGCGCAUAUACCGAGCAUGGCGACGACGAACGGCCAAAGCCUUAUUUACUCCCAGCCGGGGUUCAACGUCAACGGGCUGAUCCCGGGCAGCGGGCAGGGAAUGCACCACCACAACCUCAGAGACAGUCACGAGGAGCACCACAGCCCGCACCUCAGCGAACACGGCCACCCCCCGUCCCAGCAUCAGCACCAGCACCGGCCGCAGAGUCACCACGACCACUCGGACGAGGAUACACCGACCUCAGACGAUCUGGAGCAGUUUGCCAAGCAGUUCAAACAGCGGAGGAUAAAGCUGGGCUUCACGCAGGCGGAUGUGGGACUCGCCCUGGGGACCCUCUACGGAAAUGUGUUUUCCCAGACCACCAUAUGCAGGUUCGAGGCCCUGCAGCUCAGCUUCAAAAACAUGUGCAAGCUGAAGCCUCUGUUGAACAAGUGGCUGGAGGAAGCGGACUCCACGUCGGGCAGCCCGACCAGCCUGGACAAAAUAGCGGCGCAGGGGAGAAAAAGGAAAAAACGGACUUCAAUCGAGAGCCGCUCCCUGCUCCAGGAGGGGAUUCGUGGUUGAUUGGAAUAAAUGGCACUUUCCCACAACAAGACGGUCUCUGCAAAUCGCAGCAGAAAUAAGAAGACAGCAGCUCUCUCAGAUUAUUGGGAUCCACUCCUGUAAAUAUUGUAUAAUUUUGAAAAUCAAUGUCUUUUUUUUAUCUUUAUCUUCACUGGGGCACUUUUUUGUGGAUUGUUGGUUUCAAACAGGAGUAAGUCGAGUUUCAGGGUGUAGCCUUAUCCAUUGCCUUUUAUUUCUCAAUGUUGCUGAAAUUUUGCUUUUAUUGCCUUGGCGAAGGCAUUUGGUUUCAUUUAAAUUCACUUUGCAUCACAUCUGUUCGUUUAAAUUUGGAGCAGGUUGGUUAUUUCCCCCACUGGCCUUUGCUGGAUUGUUUUCCAAAACAAAACAAAAAAAUAGAAAAUUAAAAAGCUGCGUCAGAGGAGCAUUUUAAGCUUUUAGAUGGAAUUUGAAAGAAUAGAAAAAGUCAAAUUAAAUUAUGUCAAACAGAAAUUUAUGAACUAAAAUUUUAAUACAGCUUUAAUACAGCUUUUUAAAAUUUGUAUUUUCUUGGAAUUAAUACUUCAUUUGAUUUCUAAACAACAAAAAGUGUAUUAUCAUAAUUAUUAUUAUUAUCAUUAUUAUCAUUAAUAUUGUGAGCGCCGCUGUUUUUCUGAGCUGUUCGUCACGCAUUUAAUUCAAGCCAUUCUGCUCCUUUUUGUUGCUUUAACGUGGAGGAAAACUGGUUGUAGACGAUUUGCUACGUUUUCUUAGUUAUGUUAAUGAAAUCGUAAUUUAUUCCGCGAUUUUUUUCAGCAGAUGACGUCAAGGGCGAGAUUAAAAAUAGUUCUAUAUACAUGAAUACAUUUAUAUAUAGUAACCGCAGGGAAGGCUUUUGUUUUGUAUGGAAAAGAGAAAAAAUAGAUAUUUUGACUUUACAGGGAGAAUGCCACAGUCUGCAGCGUCACAGUAAAUGUACAUAGGCCUUCAUCUUUUCUCUGCACCGUAGCCCCCCCCCCCCCCCCCAU